UGGCCUCGUAGGCAGUCUCAUCGACGGGGGUGGCGGCUGCAUGUCGACGGGCACGCCGAACGUACAUGUACAUGCCCAAAGCAGCAGACACGCCGUCACACAUUCGCCAUUGUUGUCGUCUUCGCAGGUGCACCUUCGUCGUCGAUGUGUACGCCGUGCACUCUGGUCAUCACUCGCAUCAUCGUUGUUGUGCACCCCGACACGCGUGGAGUCUUCUGUACUUGGCGAUGCCCACGUCGACAGUAUCGGUUUCGGCGAUGGACAUGAACGGGGAGGUGGGCCGUGACAUGCUGAGCAAGGCGGAGAGGAUGGCAGUGGCAGCGGUCAUGAACGCGAUCCUCUUCCGGUGUCAAUUGCAGAGGAGCGAGGGGAGGAUGAGAGCGGCCAUUCGCGCACAGUGGAGGAGGACGCUGCAGUCCAUGAAUUUGGACGUAGAGGACAUUGGUGCCAUUUGCGACGCCGUGCUCCAGGUGUGCUACGCCAUGGGGUGUGGUCCGUGUGGAGCAUUUCCCAAAGCGACGCCCAGGUGGUGGAUGAUGCCACAGACAGGGGGGACGUGGGAGGAUCUGCGGCAAGGCAACGACGCGAUGGCUGGCUACUUCAAGGACAAGCUGCGCAUGUCGCCACCGAUGCCACGUUUGUUCCGAGAGAUCGAGGAAGCUCUGUCUCCUUUCCUUCAAUGGCGUGUCACUUCAUAUAGGGAGCCCCUCCAGCAUGGCCACAUUGUCGCGUACUAUGCUUUGUACAGGUGGGCGUCGAGGGAGAUGUACGAGAGCGGGACAUGCAGCUUCAACAUUGGCAGAUCUUCUAGGUUCCGCGCUAUGGGGGAUGAAAAUGCUGCGUUGCUGAGUACGUACCCCGACAAGGUAUCGUGGCCGACGGGGCAGCAGAAGGCGGUCGUCUUGCGCACUUUCGCUGACAAGGGUUUCCCUAACUGCCAUGGGUGCAUCGAUUGCACCCACAUCUUCAUCGACAAGCCAGUGAAUUGCCCCGGGGAGGACUACUAUGAUAGAAAAUGCCGUUUCUCCGACCAGGCGCAGGUCGUCGUCGAUUUGAACUUGUGGAUGCAUUCGUCGGAUAUCCGGGAAUGGACGGCCUGUUUGGAGGAGCCCAGGGACGAAGAUACGCUUCCUUCACGGCAGGAGUAUCUGAAGCCUUAUGACCUCAUCCCUCACGCCUUCUAUCCGAAGGGAGAGGAAGUGGUGAUCGACGAGGAUGAAGAAGACGAGGACGAAGAAGACGAUGACGAGGAAACGUUGGAGGAAGGGAGCUAUAGCGAGUAUAGCGAGGACGGGCUGAGUGAAGAAGAAGAAGAGGAGGAAGAAGAAACCGGGUCUGAGUGGGAGGCCUUGCCGGAGGAAGCGGCGCGCACGGGCACGGAGGCGGAAGAUCCGGAAGCAGCGCGAAAGCGCGAAGAAAUUGCCACCGGGAAACGUCAGCUGGAGUUUGCCAGCGGAGCCAGCUUGCGCAUUGGUAACGAUCCGACCAGGGAUCCGGAGCCUCCGAAGCGCGAAGAUGGCGACCUAGCAGCAGCCACCCCAAGCGCAACGCGACGGAGACGGAGCCGAUCCUCCUCCUCCUCCAGCCCCACCCGUCCCGCGGUUCGCCCACGUACCGAUGCGGGAGAUAGGCCUUCGUCCUCGGACGCUAUCCCGCCGACCCCUUGAUUUUCUCACCCUCGAACAGAUCCGCACCCCCGU